AUGCCUAAUUGGCCUGGCUCAACAAGCAAACGACCCUCUCUCCGCGAUGACGUCUCAGAGUCUGUUUGUCCUUCGGAUGAAUCGCUGCUGGAGCACCUAGCUCGGACUAUGGCCCAGGGCGAUAGGGCGAGCAUAGAGACACCACCUGUAGUAGCGCCCGUUCCUCGUCGUGCUGGGCCUUCAUUCGACGAACACAUUGCGGAGUUAAUGGCAGCCGGUCCUCCUCCACAGCCCCCGGUGCAAGAACCACCUCCCUUGGUUCCUCUCUGGCACCACCCGGGACCUGGAGCAUCUCGUCCCCAGAUUUCAGUCCGAUCUUCGAGGCGGAUCUUCCUCCACGUCCUGGUACUGUAUCUAUCUCAAAACCUGUACCCCCUCGCGCUCCUCUCCAACCACAUCGACGUUGUGCUGCACGGCCACCGCAAUUCGGUCCUCCACCCUCUGAAGCUGAAGGAGAAGGACAAUAUCCUCCUCCGGUCGUACCGACAGGCCGUGUUGGACCGGAAGGCGGUCGUCAACCUCGUCCUCAAGCGAUAUUGA